GACAAGAAAUUUUGGUUAUUUUAUUUAUUCAGAAAAUUAAUAGUAAGCAUUUUGUAGAUAUUGGUGCAAUCAAAAUUUGAAAUGGGGAAUAAUGUGACAAAAAAGGCGAGCCCGGACUCUACGGCUAUCGGAUAUAGGAAUUUUAUGCGUAUUUAUAGGCAACAGAAUACAGACAUGUCGGCCAGCGAGGCGGUGUUGGGAGCCGCUCGUGCCUGGGGUGAUCUAUCAAUGGACCAGAAAUUGCGUUACGCCAAUUUAACCUGUGAUAUACCCCGUAUUGUUUUAGCCGGAUGCCACCAAAAGCAUAUGGAGGGAUGUGGAGCGAGGCCAUGCCCUGCGCGAUGUCCUCCGAAACGCCCAGCCUGCCCCAAGAAGAAAAAGAAAAAUCCCUGCAAACGGAAACGAAAGACUUGCCCCAAAAAGAAAAGACCUGCAUGCCCCAAAAAGAAAAAACCUGCAUGCCCCAAAAGGAAAAAACCGACGUGUAAGCCAAAGAAAAAGCCGACUUGUAAGCCGAAGUGCAUGAGGCCAGGACCCAUAAUGAAUAACGGGUUCCUAAAUUUUAUGCGAGAAUUUCGAAUGCAAAAUUGUGGUCUAACGGCGCCGCAAGCGCUUAAGAAAGGCGCACGGGCCUGGUGCAAGUUGCCCGAGUGUGAGAAGCAAAAAUAUCGCCAGAUGGGUUGCGGUGUAAAACCUAAAAAACGCAAGUGCUAAGCCCUCUGCCAUCGCCAGUCAAUCCAAAAACGAUUAAAUCUACGCAACAGCAUUAAGUCCCAGUAAUAUUCCCUGAUGUCCGCAGUCCGUGCUCCAUCAUUUCAUAAUUGUUCCUUUUGAAAAUAAAUACUUCACCAGAAUAUA